GCAACAACGUCACUUGACGCGUCGUAUAAACAAAACAAAGUGCGAUUAACUACCGAACCACAGAACCCGGAGGAACUGUGUCUUCUUGAGAUUUUCUUGGACUUGACAUGUCGCGAAACUAACCAGCGGUGUCCAGUACGCGGGAUAUCCACACGAUUUUGCUUUCUUACAGACUUGCGUCGACCCGCGAAGGGUUGUUUCGACGCAACCGCCCUUCGGAGUCCCCCCUACGUCGACGUCGCGGUGGCAGAAGGCACCGUGGCGCCGUGCGGUGCGUAUCAGAGGCAGCGUCUGCUCGUAAUUCAGCUCUUGCGGUAUGAAGAAUGAGUGUUUGGUUGAGUUGAGGUGACUUGUGCGAAAAAGAUUCGCUUUGUGGUGCUAAGGUGAGAGGGUGAUGUCUCGCAGGAAGCAGGCCAGGCCCAUAAGGGUGCUCGAAGACGAGGAUGGACCACAGGCAGGCCCUUACCCCUCUACAGACCUCGACGGACCCAAACUCCUACCAGGCUUACCGAAAGUCCUCAUGUGUCAACGAUGUCAGGAGCAAUUCACAGAAAUCCAGGAAUACCUAACGCACAAGGAAGAAUGCGACAGAAAAGCGGUGAAACACGAUGAUCCCGCCCAUUCGGACCCUGAAGACAUGGUGGUGUCCGAAGAUGACGAGGAGGAAGAGGAAAACGGCGGUAAGAAGUUGGAGAGGAUGAGGAGGCACAGACAGGACGCAGCCAACAACAACAGCGUGGAGGAAAACUCCCCGUCUCCCCCAGAAGAAAAUACACCUCCCAUCGCCUUCCCCUUCGCUCCUGCAGUAGCCGGGCAUGUUACUCUGGAAGCCCUACAGAACACCAAAGUGGCUGUGGCGCAGUUUGCCGCCACCGCUAUGGCCAACAAUCCGGAUAACGAGGCGGCCAUGCAAGAAUUGGCCGUCUUACAAUCCACCCUGUUCACUUUGCAACACCAGCAGGUUCUCCAGUUGCAACUGAUCAACCAGUUACAGAGCCAACUGCAGAUCGAUAGACCGAAAACUGUUGACAGUCCGGUGUCGUCGCCGCCUAGUGAACACGAACGCGUGAAGAGCGAACCUCCGCCGUCUCCCCCAGAACCGGAGAAAUCCAGGGAACCGUCUCCGAUGCCGGUGGAACAGCCACCAGUUUCCCAGCCGCUCCAAGCCUCCAGUAUGAUGACGGAGAAGAUGACUGAGGCGAUCGCCAACCAGCCGCUGCCGCCACAGAUACAGCCUCCGAUGUGUUCCAUAUCCUCAUCGCUCGCGUCUUCGAUCAUCACCCAUAAUAACGAACCCCCACCGUCGCUUGACGAGCCUAACACCCUGGAGAUGUUACAGAAGAGAGCACAAGAAGUAUUGGACAACGCGAGCCAAGGGCUUUUGGCCACGAACCUGGCCGACGAACUCGCGUUCAGGAAGAGCAAAGGGUCUUUAUCGCCUUACGAUUCAAAGGGAAGAAACGAGCCGUUCUUCAAGCAUCGGUGUAGAUAUUGUGGUAAAGUUUUCGGUUCAGAUUCAGCGCUACAAAUACAUAUCCGAUCCCAUACGGGAGAAAGACCCUACAAGUGCAACGUUUGCGGUAGUCGGUUCACCACCAAAGGUAACCUUAAAGUUCAUUUCCAAAGACACAGUGCCAAGUUUCCUCAUAUCAAGAUGAAUCCGAAUCCUGUACCGGAGCAUCUAGACAAAUAUCAUCCUCCCCUCUUAGCGCAGCUUGGUCAACAACCAGCUUUAUCCCCGGGAGGACCAAAUCAUCCACCACAUUUGGGUUUUCCUCCCGCACAUCCGUUUCCCCCUAGUACUCUGCCUUUAUACAGACCUCCAAUCCCUCCGCCCGAGAUGAUAAGCGCCAGUAGACUGUUACCGUCACCUCAAAGACCUCAGGAUCCGCACAGACUCUUCCCGCCUCAUCCGUUAUUCCUGAAGAGGGAAGAGCAAGAAGCCCCGGAAAAUCUAUCCAAACCCCCAAGAUCUCCAUCACCUCCGAGAAACUCAUCAAACACGGAGCCUCGAAAUCCCGAAAAAGAGGACGCUGAUCAUCAAAAUGAUAACGAGAACGACGAUUUUGCGUCGAAAAAAGAAACGAACGAAGCCGAAAACGAAACUGAGCACCAAGAUAUGAGGUUUCCCUCGCCAGGGGCUUACGAUGACUGUAGUUCAGAUAGCGACAACGAGGAAAUGAGAGAGAGGAGAAGUCCAUCAGCUGAUGAAAACAACGUCAAUAUGCAGGAUGAACCAGAGAACCUUUCCCAUAGAGCGAGCAACAGCAUGUCCGUUCCUCUGAGCAUAAGCACAGGUCAAAGGUUACCAGGCAACUUUUCGUUUGGGCAGGGAAAUUCACCACCGAGCAGUGCGUCAUCCGGGAGCUUAGGGCAUUUUCCAACAACUCCCUUAGCGGAUAUCACCAAGGAUCCAGCUAUAUACACUAACUUAUUACCCAGACCAGGUAGUAACGAUAACUCUUGGGAAAGUUUGAUAGAGGUUACGAAAACUUCCGAAACCAGCAAAUUACAACAGUUGGUGGAUAACAUAGAGCAUAAACUGUCGGAUCCAAACCAAUGCGUGAUUUGCCAUAGGGUGUUGUCUUGUAAGAGCGCGCUGCAGAUGCAUUAUAGAACGCAUACGGGCGAACGACCUUUCAGAUGUAAAAUCUGCGGUAGAGCCUUCACCACCAAGGGCAACCUCAAAACGCACAUGGGGGUACACAGGGCCAAACCGCCGAUGAGAGUGCUCCACCAAUGUCCAGUAUGUCACAAAAAGUACACGAACGCUUUAGUCUUACAACAACAUAUCCGUUUACACACCGGCGAACCCACUGAUCUCACCCCAGAGCAGAUUCAAGCUGCUGAAGUUAAGGAUUUCCCAUCGCCGGGUGCUUUCCCCAACCUGCCCAACCCUAUGAACCCCUUUAUGAGUCAAGGUUUCAACGUUCCUGGCUUGUCGCCACUUGGUCACAUGCCGCUCAACAUGAAAUACGAGGUUAAACACGAGAAAGAAGGAAGAUCUGAGCAUGAGAGCAUGGAUGAUGAUGAUUACGACGAUGAUGACAUGAGCAACUUCGAUCAGAAUAUGAGCCAGUUCAGUUCACCUCCACCGGGUGAUGUCCAGCAGAACCAAAACGUACCUACAAGCAUCGCCAUGGCUUCCAACCUUUCCACGAGCGGUCUGAGCAUGUCUGCCGAGGAUUUGUGUUCCAACAGGACCACAAAUUCCACCCCCAUGCAGAACGGGGAGAAGUCUCCGAUGCAGUCUGGAGUUCAGAGUCCGGGAAGUGCGUCGCCCAACCAACAAGCUCCAAACACACCCGUCCACCAGAUUCCAAGACCUCCAUCGUCUCAGCAAGCGCCCAGUCCGGCGCCCUCUGAUUGCAACUCUUUGGGUGCUCUAGAUCUCACACCACGUACAAACCAACCACUCAUCACAAGUCCUGGACCGAGUCCUGGUCCAGCGCCGUCGAUAUUUUCCGCAUUUGGACUUCUCCCUCCGGGCCAGAACAGCAGUCCGCUGAUGUCAUCGGCUUUAUCCUCUCUAACAUCUUCAGUUCUCACGUCUACAGCGUUCAGCCCUCUGAGACUCGCGGUAGGACCACCAGGCCGUGGGAAUACAACCUGCAACUUGUGCUUCAAGACCUUCGCUUGCAAUUCAGCGUUGGAGAUCCACUUCAGGAGUCACACGAAAGAGCGUCCGUUCAAGUGUUCCGUCUGUGAUAGAGGGUUCUCAACAAAGGAACCCUGCAUGUGCAGGCAGGGGCGUAUCCAGGAUGAAGCAGAAGGGGCAGAAAGUAAACGAAAAUCUGCCCAUCACAAGUCCAUACAUCCUUCAGUUUUUCCGCUACCCAUGACACCUGGAUACGCCUCAAAUUGGAUGCAUAUGGCGGGAAACAUGAAACAGCACAUGCUCACCCACAAGAUCAGGGACAUGCCCCAGCACAUGUUCGAGAACAAGCCGCAGACGAUGAAGGAGGACUCCAUGCCCUCUUCUCCUCAAGUACUGUCUUCGCGGGAGGUUCCACCUCCUCCACCUCCACCGGUGAAGCAGGAGCAGCACGUCAAUCCUCCUGAACAUAUCGAGCAACCCCCACAGCAGCAGCCAGUCAAGAGGGAGCCUUCUGAAGCUGAGCUACCCCUGCCGAAGAGGCCACCAAGCUUGCAGUCUAACAAGCAUUUAUGUCACGUGUGCAAUAAGAACUUCAGCUCCAGUUCGGCGUUGCAGAUACAUAUGAGGACCCACACAGGAGACAAGCCGUUCAGAUGUAGCGUAUGUCAGAAGGCUUUCACAACCAAAGGAAAUCUCAAGGUUCACAUGGGUACCCACAUGUGGAGCAACGGCGCGUCGCGACGCGGUCGUCGCAUGUCCCUAGACCUCCCACCCAUACCCAUGACGCCAAAGGAUUCAGAAUUUCUACAGCGGAGGCCAGAUCUUUUCUAUCCGUAUCUACCGGCGCCAUUCCUUAACGGCAUGCAAAAGCUUAACGAGAUGUCGGUGGUUCAGAAUAACCAGAAUGGUCUCAAUUUGGCCGCCAAAUACGGUAACCUCCUGAACUUCGGCUACCCUCCGCCAGAGCCCCUCAGAUCUCAGAGCGGGUCCCCGGAAAGGGGCCCGGAAAGGCCGCCGAGUAGGGAGGGCCCGGAGUCCCGGAGCCUGUGGGACCUGCACUUCGAGCGGAAGGCAGCGAGCGAGAGUUCCAGGGAUGAUCUCCUGCCAGCCUCCAGAGAAGGUUUGGCCGCGUAGGCAGAACUAGCCGUUCCUAAAUAAACUAGUCUUCAAACGGAUUUGGGGCAAUGAUUACUGUGAUAUAUCAAUCAGCAACACUGUGCGACAAUUAGCUUUUAAGUUUUUCCGCGUGGGAAAGGAUUCAUCGUCAUUCGUUUCGAUCUGCCCAAUAUAUCAUUUUUCAAAGUGGAGAUAUUUUUGGAAUUUGGGAAUCCCCGCGGGAAAAACAUCCUCUGUUUUGUGUCCACCAUAGUGUGCUGUUCUUAGAGUUACUCUUAGGCCUAUACUUUGUAUGAUACUGAAUAGCUAAAUGUAAAAUGUACAUUAAAAAUAGACUUAGAACCGUAUAAAUAUCGUUCGCUGUGUUAAGGAGUGCAUAAAGGGCGCCAGUAAUUAGCUUUACACUUUGUAAAUAAAAAAGAAUGCAGGAUAUCUGAUGCACUGUACUAUUAUCAAACUUAAAUGUUGUCUAUGUGAAAAAUGGACAUUUAUCAAGGACGUGCGGUUAUAGUUUGUAAAUAUCACAAUGUAUAUGAGACUGUUUAAUAUUAAUUGAUGUAUGCUUGACAAGAACCUUCUUCCCCAAGUACAAACAGAUCCCCUCUCAUCUCGAUAUAUUUCUAUAAAUCCUACAUACUCUGCUCGAUUUACAGCCGGAUCUGAGGCGAUCUCAUCUCAAAUGAUUAACCUAUUUAUCACGAUGAAAAUAUAUCAGUGACAUCGAACAGAGCAUGUAUGACCAGUAAAAUAUCGAAUUGUGUAAAUGUAAGUAAAUCUGAGAUGUUUUUAUUUAAGAAUGAAUGUACAAAUAUUUGUAACUGGUAAGUUGAAUUAUCUAUAUGUAUUUAUAAACUCGUAAAUGCCAGUUAAACUCUGUUUAAUUAUAAAAUAAAUAUUUAUCACAGA